AUUCACUGACCAGUUACCACAGUAGCCGCCAUAUUCGCGGCUAUGGCGGGGUAACGGUGUCGUUGCGGAGCGCAUGGUCCCAUCAUUGACAUCAUCUACCCACGCAGUGACACCAAAGUCUCACCCUGAUAGUGGUCCACGGUCAGCCACGCAUCCCGCCCACCCCCGUGAACGACCGAGCUCAGUAGCCGGGAUUUUACAGUGGGGGCAACAUGUACUUUGGAGCGUGAGUCUAGGUGGACUACGAUGCCUUAGAUUUGGAGAGGAAUCCUGGCACAACAUGGAGAUAAACAACGGAAGUAGUGAGGUCAAUGGACAUCAGAUCAUGGAUGAGCCCAUGGAGGAGGGAGAGUGUUACACGCACUGUGAUGAAGGGACAUACAAGGAGAUUCCUAUCACUCACCACGUAAAAGAGGGCUGUGAGAAAGCAGAUCCAUCACAGUUUGAGCUCCUCAAGGUCCUGGGUCAGGGCUCUUUUGGCAAGGUAUUUUUGGUGAGAAAAAUUGUGGGUCCAGAUGCUAGUCAAUUAUAUGCAAUGAAAGUUCUAAAAAAGGCAUCAUUGAAAGUCAGGGACAGAGUUCGCACCAAGAUGGAGAGAGACAUCUUAGUGGAGGUCAAUCAUCCCUUCAUAGUGAAAUUGCACUACGCCUUUCAGACGGAAGGGAAACUGUAUUUAAUACUGGACUUUCUCAGGGGAGGAGAUGUAUUCACUCGCUUAUCCAAAGAGGUUAUGUUUACAGAGGAAGAUGUGAAAUUCUACCUUGCAGAGCUGGCCCUGGCCCUUGACCACCUGCACAACUUGGGCAUAGUUUACAGAGAUCUCAAGCCAGAGAAUAUCUUACUUGAUGAAGCUGGACAUGUAAAGUUAACAGACUUUGGCCUGAGCAAAGAGUCAGUGGAUGCUGACAAGAAGGCGUAUUCUUUCUGUGGUACGGUGGAGUAUAUGGCCCCUGAGGUGGUCAACAGGAGAGGACACACACAGAGUGCCGACUGGUGGUCACUGGGUGUACUAAUGUUUGAGAUGCUGACGGGGACGUUACCGUUUCAAGGGAAAGACCGCAAUGAAACCAUGAACAUGAUUCUCAAAGCAAAGUUAGGAAUGCCUCAGUUCCUUAGUAUAGAAGCCCAGAGUUUGCUGAGGAUGCUGUUUAAACGUAACCCAACAAACAGAUUAGGGGCCGGACCUGACGGUGUGGAGGAGAUCAAACGGCAUGCUUUUUUCUCCACCAUCGACUGGAAUAAACUGUUCAGGAGAGAGCUACAGCCCCCGUUCAAGCCGGCGGCAGGUAAACCAGAUGACACGUUCUGUUUCGACCCAGAGUUCACUGCAAAGACACCUAAAGACUCCCCAGGUAUCCCUCCCAGUGCAAACGCCCACCAGCUCUUCAAAGGCUUCAGUUUUGUUGCUCCAACGCCGAUGGAUGAAAACAAGAGUUCCCCACUCCUUAGUAUACUCCCGAUAGUUCAGAUGCAUGCGGGGUCCAAGUUUUUGGAUCUAUACGAGCUGCAGGAGGACAUCGGAGUUGGCUCCUACUCCAUUUGUAAACGCUGUGUACACCGAGUCUCUGCCAUGGACUAUGCUGUGAAGAUUAUAGACAAAAGUAAGAGGGACCCCUCCGAGGAGAUUGAAAUCCUGAUGAGAUACGGCCAACACCCUAACAUCAUUACUCUCAAGGAUGUGUACGAUGAGGGCAGGUAUGUUUACCUGGUGACGGAGCUGAUGAAGGGGGGAGAACUGCUUGACAAAAUCCUCAGGCAGAAGUUUUUCUCUGAGCGAGAGGCCAGUGCCGUGCUUUACACCAUCACUAAGACUGUUGACUACCUCCACUGUCAAGGGGUAGUGCACCGAGACCUGAAGCCCAGCAACAUUCUGUAUAUGGACGACUCUGGGAAUCCAGACUCAAUCAGGAUCUGUGACUUUGGUUUUGCAAAGCAGCUUCGAGGGGGCAACGGCCUACUCCUCACACCUUGCUAUACCGCCAACUUUGUGGCUCCAGAGGUACUAAUGCGGCAAGGUUAUGAUGCAGCCUGUGAUAUAUGGAGUCUUGGAGUUCUGUUAUAUACAAUGUUGGCUGGGUACACACCGUUUGCAAAUGGGCCAAAUGACACACCAGAGGAGAUUCUGCUUCGAAUAGGCUCUGGAAAGUUUUCUUUGACAGGCGGUAACUGGGAUACUGUGUCAGACACCUCAAAGGACCUCCUGUCUCACAUGCUCCAUGUGGAUCCCCACCAGCGAUACACAGCAGAGCAAGUUCUAAAGCAUUCCUGGAUUUCCUGCAGAGAUGCACUUCCACACUUCCAGCUUACACGCCAUGAUGCACCACACCUCGUCAAGGGAGCCAUGGCUGCCACUUAUUCAGCGCUGAGCCAGAAGACAAGCCAGCCCGUGCUAGAACCUGUGGCCGCAUCCAGUUUAGCCCAGCGACGCAGCAUGAAGAAACUCACCUCAACAGACAUGUAGAACCACAUCACAUAAACAUACAGGGAGCCUAUGCUACCAUUUUGACCUCACUCAUACGGACUGAAGAAGUGGCCAGUUAAAGCUACCGUCUCCCUUUUUAACGUAUUUAUUUGACAAAACACACGCACGGCUCCGUGCAUAUGCCCACUUGAUGAGGCUCCUAUGCGAAGACAUGGGCUCAAAAGCAAGACUAGAAACUUGUAUCUGUUACUGCUGGGGAGACAGACUUGUAUUUAUUUCCACAGCUUUCAUAUGCACUUGCCCUCCUCGCCUUUCAUUCUUUCUUCUCCAGGAAGAAACGCACCAGCUGAUGUUUUCCUUCACUGUGAUUGGCUGAUACAAUGCUGCUUCGCUAAACUGUGCCCCGACCCCCUCCCACUGCUCUUCAUCUAUGUUCUGCCAUACUAUCUGCCUCGGUUCUUUCUCCUUCCUUGAUUGCAUUUGCUCUCUUCUUUUCUCCACAAUAUGGAGUAAAAGGUCCAUGCGCGAGAGUGCUGGCAAGAUGAUGUUGACUGAGAGAUGACCACAAAUUGUUUGCUGACUGGAAGCUUACCACAAGCAAAAUGCUUCUUUUUGACAUAUUGCUAAAUCGUACAGAUCAAAAUCAUGUUCUAGGACUUUUGGCAGUAUAAAUGCAUGUGUGGAAAGAUGCUGUAUUUUGUUAACCUUUAAUUCAUGUUUGUGAUGCUUACAAUGUAUCUAAAGAGGUUACAAAAUGGCUGCAGGUGGACAAAGUAUCUUGAACUGAAUGUGAAACAGUGUGGUGACAACAGAAGUUCUUAGUUGCACAUAUACAUAUUAACUUGCUAAUUUAUUUGGGUACACCUGGAUUAAACUAAUACAGUGGCCUCUGCUCAUAAGGUUAUGACUGCAUCUGUUUCAGAGAGGUAAUGUUUUCUUUAAAUGCGCAAUGAUCUAUAUUUUUUUAUAAAUGGAUAAAAUAUCAGCACCAAAUUUCGGCAAGUAAACCUCUACCUUUGAAAAUGAGACUGAAAAACGGAUCAAAAUAGUCCUUAUAAAUAUUUAUUGACAUUUGUUUGAUCUGUUUGUACCUAGUACAUUUGCAAUUGAUUGCAUCCAUUGUAUCUUAAUAUGUGCAGUGAAGAUUCUGAAGAUGAAGAGCACGUGUGGGAGCUGUAUUGGGAAUUCUCUGGGGGAAUGGAAUGCACCUGUUAAACCAGAGAGGCUGAAUCAAAAAACAUAAAUUCCAUAGAUAUCUCUUUUAAAGACAUUGUGGAAAUUGUAUGAUAUUGUAUUUAUUUCAUUUGAUUUUUAAGAUUCUAUUUUUCUUUCAAGUUCUGUAUAUAUUGACAUUAAAGAUCAUUAUUGACAUUCA